AUGAAGGAAUCGCUGUAUGAUCGCAUCUGGCGCCGGGAAUCCGGGGAGGUGUCGCGCUUCGCCAGCAUUCACGGCAUCUACGGAUCAAAGGAAUGGGUUGAAAAUUUGGAUAUCGUGAAUGAACUCGGUGGACACUCGGGCUGCGUCAACGCUCUGAGUUGGUCGCGGUCUGGCCAGCUUUUGGCAUCGGGUUCCGACGAUCAGCACCUGAACAUCUAUUCCUACCAGCCUGACUACUCCGCCGCCCCUUUCUCGCUGAAUACAACCAUCGCUACGGGCCAUGGCGCAAACAUCUUCUCCGUCAAAUUCAUGCCACACUCCAACGAUCGGACUUUGGUGACAUGCGCCGGGGAUUCGCAGGUCCGCAUCUUCGACAUCGAAUACUCCAGCACUAACAAUAGCGUGGACGCCACUUCGGCUUUUUCCGCGUCUGCACGGAGCCGAAGGUUUAACAACUUCUUCAACAAUGCACGUUAUUUGAAUGCGGGAAAUACCAACGUCAGAGUCUAUCGCAGUCAUGCCGAUCGGGUCAAGCGGAUCGUCACUGAAUCGUCGCCGUAUCUCUUUUUGACUUGCUCGGAAGAUGGCGAGGUUCGUCAGUGGGAUCUGCGCCAACCAUCAUCCGCAUACCCCAAGCCACGAGGCGGUCAAGGAUACAUGGCUUUCCGGUCAGGACAGGAACACGAUGAUUCAAAUGUACCGCCUCCGUUGAUCUCGUACAAGAAGCAUCGUCUCGACCUCAAUACCAUCUCAUGCUCUCCGAGCCAACCCCAUUACAUCGCUUUGGGCGGGGCACACCUUCAUUGCUUCCUUCAUGACAGGCGCAUGCUAGGCCGCGAUUUGCUCACGGAGAGGGGCGAUCCUGGGGCCUCGCCCGGCAGUAGUAGUCACAGCGAGGAGCUGAUGGAUCAGGCGACGCGGUGUGUGCGGCGGUUUGCCCCGAACGGCCAGCAACGAAUGAAAUCGCGCGAUGACGGCCAUAUCACCGCCUGUAAGAUUAGCGACGCCAACCCGAACGAGAUGGUUGUCAGCUGGUCCGGCGAUCACAUCUAUAGCUUCGAUUUGAUUCGAAGCCCGCAUGCAAGGGAGGAGUCAAAGCGUCAACCGUCCGUCCAGGAGACUCCGGUUCCGCGUCGGCGCCGAGGCUCCAAGACCAGGAAGCGUAAGCGGCAGAAUGGAACCUCAAUGUCAUCGCAGUCCAGUGGCAAUCAGUCUCGACCUCGACGUCGGCCCCGAGAGCGUCGUGAGGAAGGCGAGUUGGCAUUCCGAGUCCGCUACGGGAAUGGAGAAUCGGAAGACAUUCCCCUCCCGUCUCUCUCGGAACAACGCGGUGACAUCCCGGAGAGUUUGAUCGAGCAGUCGCGCUUAUCUGUGCUCAAUGAUGCGCAGAGGCUCAGCAUGCGCAUCGCUAAAGACAUGGUCAAGCUCCGUAAAGCCGUCUUCUCGCUGGAGACAUCGUUACGUGAAGAGUACGAGUCUUCUAAUCAAGCCGACCUGGCGCCAUUCACCGAGUCAUUUUCCACGGCACUAACGCAAGCCUCCAUCUGUCUCCCCCAGAUGGAUGAGAUUAUGCGCACCUGGCGAUACCCCGUCAAUCCUAGCCCAGAUGUUGUGCGCCUUCAGCAAACUCUUCGUCGCAAUCGACAGUCUGCUUGGCGGUUCAUUCAGGCUGCGGGAACAUUGGCACGAGUUCUAGGGGGUGAGAUUCAGACUACGCCUGGAGAUGUAGACCGUGACAUGGAAUUAUUCCAACAAAUAUACUCGCCUGGACUCGAGCGUGCAGUCGAUCGCAAGGAACAGUUUGGCUACGAUUUUAUCAAGGCUAUACUCUUGUUUGUUGAAGGUGGCCGGGCGGCCCUUCUGUCGGGCUUCAAGCAAGAUUCGGCAUCUCGAGGUAACCGGGCCAGAUUCCCGAUAGAUGCAUAUGCGGGUGACGAUGCGAUUGAGUCGGUUUUGAUCCCUUACCUGCAGCGACUUGCAGGUGACGUUCCUGUUGUGAACGUGGACGCUUCGCGUUUCGAACAUGAUGAAGCUCGUAUCCUGUUUUUCAAUCAGCACCACGCAGUGGUCGCCUUUGCAAAUGCUGUCAAACAUCCAGUUGAAGACCCCGUGGAUACGACCGUCACAAUGCACAAUGAUGCUCACGACCUUUUCCAGGUGACGCAAUUCUGGGUGUUCAAGGUGGCCCGUGGAAUUCUCCUGGAAACCGGGACUGGAGUGGAUUAUGCUUUCGUAAACAGGGCGUUUGGUGGCUUGCGUACCAGGGUGGAGGGUGAUCCAGAAUUUGGCGUGGAACCUGAGCGAUCCCAGAAUGAUCUCGAAACUACUCUCGAGGAAGAACCCAUACGAGACAUCAACCUGAAGAUUCUCCGGCGGUCGCGUUCUGCUCGACAGCACCCAGAAGCAGGGGCCGGCGAAGCAACAGGGAUACAGACCCCGCUAUCCAGUGAUCAUGAGGAAGGUAUCUCUGAUUUGCCGGAAACCGAUGAUGAUGAUAGCGAGAACGAGCUCGGCUUCACUGUCGAAGAGGACGAGGACGAGGACGAGGAGGAUGACGAGGAUGAUGAUGAUGAGGAUGAAGAUGAGCUAGAUCCGAGCAGUUCCGUCGACGACAGCGAUGACUCCGAAGCUGCGGAUCGCAUGUUCAGAGAGUAUGGACUGCAGCCCCGAGAAAGAGAGUACGUGGAGGCGGACGUUCCCUGUUCCCCACACACGCGAGUCUAUAGCGGGCACUGCAACAUCAAGACGGUCAAGGAUGUCAAUUUUUUCGGAUUGGACGACGAGUACGUAGUGAGCGGCAGCGACUCUGGCCAUAUCUUUAUCUGGGACCGGAAAAGCUGCAAGCUAGUCAACAUUCUCGAGGGCGAUAGUGAGGUGGUCAAUGUGGUGCAAGGUCACCCCUACGAGCCUACCAUUGCGGCCUCGGGAAUCGACAACACCAUCAAGAUCUUCUCGCCCGACCGGCGUGCCCAGGAAGACGCGCGCCGUGGAAUCAACAUCUUAGAUCCUGACAACCCGGCCAACAAGCUUGGUUUUGGGCCAACCGUCAGCGCCAUCGGUGGUCUUGGAAGUCGCAAACGCUUGCACGAUAGUUAUCGGAUCAUGAGCCAGAACGAUGUGGACCGACAGGGCGGUAUGAACGAGGCGUAUAUCACUAGGCACAUGCUGGCCCGCCUUGCGGCAACCCUGAGGGACCAACGACAUGGGGUGACCGUGGGUGAAGGAGGCGAACAUGCUACCCUUGUCCUGGACGAUAACAGCUGCCAUGUGAUGUGA